AUGGAUAAGUUCCCCAGACUGCGUCUUGAACCCGACAAUGAGCCACAUGUCGGAUCUGAUAUCUCCAAAUUUGUCGACGAUCGUAUAUCCAGUUUGCAAUGCCCAACUGAAGCACGAGAGUACAUCAAGAAAAGGCUAUGCGAUCGAUCGGAAGGAACCUACCUAUGGGUCAGCUUCGCCAUCAACGCUUUGAAGAAGGUGCGGGUUAUCGACAUGGAACGUACUGUUGAAUCCUUCCCUCGUGGGCUCGAUGCCAUGUACCGUCGUAUGUUGCUGGCAAUCUCCGAGCAUGAAAGAGAGAAGGUUAUGGAAAUCUUGCGGUGGAUCACGACCACAGUAUGGCCACUGAGCCUCGUCCAGCUGGCUACCGCCGUCAGCACAGUCCCUGCGAGGGGCCAAACCCUGGAGGAGGCUAUCACUGAUGAGAUCGCCUAUGCUGGAGAUCUAUUGACGAUAGCGACGCGUGUCAAUCACGAAGUUGUCAGUACCAGCGUUACACUGGUACAUUUGUCUCUAUUGGACUUCCUUCAAAGCAUUCCAAAAUUUGAUCCCGAUCUGGGAUUCUUUUGUCUCCAGGCAGCCGUCACUCAUGACCGGUUGACUCGUCGCCUUUUCGACUACAAGUACCAGAUUCUGCAAAGCUUUGACUCCCUCCAGAACGACGAUGUUGUUUCUAAGCAUCUUGGUGACUAUGAAAUAACGAAAGUUCAAUACCCGCUAUUGCAUUAUGCCAUAAAGAACAGUCUGGAACACAUGUGCCAUGGUGGAAACAUUCGUCGCCUCAACAGUUACCAUCCGAUACUUGACCCAACCGAUCGAUGUCAUACUCCAUGGUUGCAACUACAGUAUCGUACAAUGUGCGAGCAUCUACCAGAGGAAGGCGUCAAGUUGGCACAUAUUGCUGCCUUAUACGGCCUGCUUGCAUUCCUCAAGUACGCUCACCACCAAUGUCACCUUGAGCUGGAUACCAGAGAUGGUAAUAACCGAACACUUCUCUUCUACGCUACAGCUCAAUGCCAUAUGCACGUUAUUGAAUGGUUGUUAGUUCAAGGUGCCGAUCCGAACCUUCGAGAUCUGACCGGACAAACAGCCUUGCACAUCGCUGCUUACCAAAGUCGAGCUGACAUUAUCAAGAUGCUCAUUCGUCAUGGAUCAAGAACCAGAGUCCAGUCUUCUACUCGUAUUACGAAAAGUAUGCUAGACGGAUUGGAUCGUGAUUUCGGUGACUUCAAUCAAGAUGAAGAGGAUAACGAUCAAGCCUUGGCGAAAUGGAGUGGAACCCCUGUCCAUAUCGCUGCUACCAUUGAGCAGCCCGAAGUCAUGCACAUCCUACUCAGUACUUUUCUACGAGAAGGUGGUUCCAUCAACGAGACUGACGAGAAUGGUCGUACCUUUCUCCAUCUACUAGCAACAUCUCAUGGGUCCGAUCCGCGGCGUUGCUGGGAUGUCUUUAGCAAGUUUCCAGAGUCUUCCGAGAUCGUCAAUCACAUGAUGGACAGGAACGGAGAAUCUGCCCUACAUAUUGCCACACGGAAAUCCUGUCUAGCAAUCGAUAGCUCGUUUCAGGACGACUUCUAUGAGGAUUCGGACUCUGACUCCGAAGAGACGGUGUGGAACCCUGUUAUCGCACUUGUAGAAACUUUUGGAACAGCUGUCAACAUCCAGACUUCCACUGGCGUCACACCGUUGCACAUCGCCUGCAAAAAGGGGGCUUCCAGUCUAGUCGCUUAUCUCCUUGACAAAGGUGCUAAUGCGCGCUUGUAUGACGAGUCUGGUCAGAACGCAAUGCACUGGCUUUGUAGCCAAAUGCAACGAGGCCGCCAGAACAGACCUGCAAUUCUUGUCACACUGACACAAAUCAUGACUGUGGAAGAUAUCGAGGCUAAAAGAACCGACGGUCAAACAGCUCGAGAAAUUGCUGUCAAGCACGAUGCCGAUUAUCUGGAGAUAGCAAGGCGCCACGCGAAUGGCCUGGUGCCAAACCUUGAUAUGCCCGCAGAGCUUUUGCUAUCGAUCGUCCGAGAGUUUUGUGUCAACUUUUGGCAGUUGGAACGAUGCAAUGUGUUUCUUGAACUUCACGGUCUCAUUGAUGGUUUGCUUAACAUGGUCAAAUGCGAGCCAUCGAGUGAAGCAAUUGCUGGAUUGCAGCGACUGGUGUCUGAGCAGCCUCGCCUUCAACAUGUGCUGGAGAAAAACCGCCUGUAUUGGGAGUCUAAGGCGAAGGAAUGA